GCAGGAUAUUAGCAGUUCAGUUUUAUCAUUCAAAAUGGAAUUUUAAUAGGUUAUAUAUAACAUAAUUAUCUAAAUAUUUGUUUUUAAUAUUAACUUUUUUCACUUAAUAACCAUGGUCGAGAUCAAUAUACGCGAUGUACUUGUACAUUUUCCUUUCGAGCCAUAUGAUUUGCAAAAAGUUUACAUGGAAAAAGUUAUAGAAUGUUUGCAAAAUGGUUCUAAUGGAGUUUUAGAAUCUCCUACAGGCACUGGAAAGACUCUAAGUUUGCUUUGUUCUACACUUGGUUGGUUGAUGGUGAAAAAACAACAGGCACAAAUAAAUAAAAUACAGGACCAACAUGUUUCAACAGAAAAAGGCAUGAAUAAAGUAAAAUUGCAUUCGUUGAUACGAAAUAAUGAUUCCCUUGAUCCUGCCGCAGCACUGGAUAAUGUUUCAUGGAGUGUGCCUCAUGUCAUAUAUGCUUCUAGAACUCAUUCGCAACUAAAUCAGGCUAUUCAGGAAUUGAAGCGAACGCAUUAUAAAUUUUUAAAAGCUGCUGUUAUGGGAUCUAGAGAUCAGAUGUGUAUUAAUCCAGAAGUAAUGAAAGAGGAAAGUAAUGCUAAUAAGAUUCAUAUGUGUCAGCAUAAGGUUCUUUCCCGCACUUGUUCUUUCUAUUUAAAUAUCGACAAUAAACGGGAGCAUCCAUUGGUGCAGGAAAACUCUGUCUUAGAUAUUGAAGAUCUUGUAAAGGUUGGAAAAAAAAUAAAAGCUUGUCCGUAUUAUCUAAGCAAAUCUAUGCAUCAAGCGGCUGAUAUAACUUUUAUGCCCUACAAUUAUCUACUAGAUCCCAAGGCUAGAACGGCUAACAAGAUAGAUCUAACCAAUACUGUUAUAAUAUUAGAUGAAGCUCAUAAUGUUGAGAAGACAUGUGAAGAGUCAGUAUCAAUACAAAUUAAGAAUACUGACCUCGCUGUAGCUAUUGAUGAAGUUACAAGAAUUAUGAAGCAUAUGGUUGAAACUGCUGAUUUUGAAAAUGUAGGGGAUAGUCAACCUAAAGAUUUUACAGCAGAAGAUUUAGCUGACUUGAAGGAAUAUUUACUAGCACUUGAGAAGGCAUUUCAGAAUAUUAAAGUCACAAGCGAAGAAGAAGGAUCAACUUAUCCCGGUGCCUUUAUAUUUGAUUUUCUAUCUGAAGCGAAUAUAACGAAACUGAACUAUAGGUCUGUUACUGGAAUAAUAGAUUCAUUGCUCCAAUUUUUAAAUACCUUGACAAACUCCAGCUUCUCUCACAAAGGAGAAGGUUUACAAAAAAUUGUUGAUUUGCUCCAAAUAACCUUUUCUACAUCGAACGAAGAGCAAGAAGAGCAAGUUAAAAAAUGUUUUAAGGUACAUAUAGCUAUUGAAGCUGACCAUAAUAAAGGAUAUAAAGCUGCACAAAAUAAUUGGCUUAGUGCUAAAACCAAGGAAAAGACAGCUGUGAAAGUUUUAAGUUAUUGGUGUUUCAGUCCAAGUUUUGGCAUGAAGCAGUUAGUGGAUAAAAAUGUGCAUUCUAUAAUUCUAACUAGUGGAACUCUCGCUCCGCUUAAACCAUUAUUAAUUGAGUUAGGAAUACCAGUUUCCGUUCAGUUAGAAAAUCCACAUGUGGUGAGUGCAUCUCAAAUAUGUGUUCAAAUAACCAAUGGUUCUGACAAUCAGGUGCUGAAUUCAAGCUAUGAGAAUAGAAAUAAUCCAAAAUAUAUUCAAUCGCUUGGUUGCACAAUAUUAUCUUUGUGUUCAGUUGUGCCAAAUGGCUUGCUGGUAUUUUUUCCUUCUUACCCAGUUAUGAACAAGUGCCAAGAAUCCUGGCAAUGCAGCGGACUUUGGCAACAGAUGAAUAGAAAAAAGACCAUUUUUGUUGAACCACGUAGUAAAGACGCAUUUUCCACGGUAAUGACAGAAUUUUACAACCGUAUUAAUGAUGCAACAGAAAAUGGAGCAAUAUUCAUGGCCGUAUGCAGGGGAAAGGUAUCGGAAGGUUUGGAUUUUGCUGACAUGAAUGGUAGGGCUGUUGUAAUUACUGGCCUUCCCUUUCCACCACUCAGAGACAAUAAAGUAAUACUUAAGAAAAAAUACUUGCAAGAAAACAGGACUAGUUCAAACGAGUUUCUGUCUGGAGAUGAGUGGUAUAGACUUGAGGCCAUAAGAGCCGUCAAUCAAGCUAUAGGACGAGUUAUUCGCCACAAAAAUGAUUAUGGAGCUAUAUUAUUAUGUGACACAAGAUUUCAAAAUCCUUCUCUGAGAAAUCAACUGUCUAAAUGGAUUCAAGGAUACAUCAAAUGUAAUGAUAAAUACGGCCGCGUAAUUGGAGAUCUACGCAUGUUUUUUAGAAAUGCAGAAAGAACUUUGCCCCUGCCGAGUUUAAAACCUUUGUCAAAAGAUGAUGAAAUUGUUUCCGAUUCAAAUUUAAAGACUGACAUUAUAGAUUUAACGACGAAUACCAAGCCAGCUUUUACGAAGACCAUAAAUACUGUGAUUGAUGAUUCAAAGUUGAGACCCAGUUUUAGUUUGAAAAAUAUAGAAAAAGUAAAUGAAGCUGUAAGCUGGUCUUCUAUGGCAGAAUAUAAGUAUGUACCAAAGUCAAAACUACAGACAAACCAAUCAACUAGCUUGAUAGACGGACUUGGAGAGGAGAGUAAAACUAUAGAUUUCAACGAUGUAUCCAGUGCAACAUGUAGUAUUUCAUCAGGCGACUCUGAUGAUGUCGUAAAACAACCACAUAAAAAAAGAAAAUUGAAAAUACUUCAAACGUCUUCAUAUGAUCAGAAUUGCAUAAAAGAGACUACGCUGUCAACAAUGACAGAAGGAUCAAAGUGUAAAAGCCUGAUUGCAAAACCUCUUCCAGAAAAUAGGCAUGAGUACUUAAUUUUGCUGAAAGAAAAUUUAACCCUGGAGUCUUAUAAUAAAUUUUUAAUAGCCAUAAAUGCGUAUCAGAUGGAUAAAAACUACAAUAAAUUAAUUGCUAUUCUGGAUGAAAUAUUUUCAGAAAAAAAACAAAUCCAUUAUUUACUAAAGGGACUUGUACGAUUCUUGAAGGAUCCCCAUAAAAAAAAUUUUGAACUGUAUUGUAAGAAUAACAUUGAUGUGUAAUUUAGUUUGUUACUGAAUAAUUAAUAAAAUAUUGAACGCAUAAAAAAAAAAUAAUAAUAAAUAAAUUUAAUCCCUAAAUCGCAUAAGUAAUUCACUUACCUAAUCUUGUAACCAUGCUUCCACAAACUGUACAGCAAGACUU